CCGGCGCACCCGACGCCGGGGGCUCCUUUUAAUUCCCGCGGGGGCGGGGGCGGGGGCGAGCCGGCGGCCAAGCGCCAGGCCGCCGGCGACGAGGGGCCCUCUGAAUCCGCUGAAGACGGCACCGUCGUGGCCGAGAUAUCGAAGAACAAGAAGGUGUCGGUGAGGAGCUGGAAGGGCAAGGUCUAUGUCGACAUGCGUGAGUUCUACGUCAAGGACGGCAAGACCCUCCCUACCCGCAAAGGUAUAUCACUCCAGUUGGAUCAGUGGAAGAUACUGAGGGACAAUAUCAAGGCCAUAGAUGAGGCCAUCAAGGAGAACGCAUGAUAGGAGCCUCCGAGCUGGAUCACAUAGGGGCAAUCUUUGCUUAUUCUCUUCAGAACCCUGAUGCACGCUAUCUAGUAGGUCCCAGGCUGGUUUUUUGUUGCUCCCCAUCCCCUAUGCUGCAGUGUUGCACUUGUGCCGCUUGAUCGCGUGUUGUUAUUUCUGGUGGCCACAUGGCAGCUUUGGGCAGCCAGAUGACAUGUACCCUUAAUG